UAAAAAUCGACCAGGGACGGCAAAUCGGCAUUCGGCAACCACAUCAGUCAACGCGCACGAGCUCUUGCUAUCCCAUUUGUCCCUCCCCUCGAGCGCCCGAGCCGACCGAGCCAAUCAGCCAAGUAGCCAAACUGCGAAAGCACCGGCGACAAGACGCGCUCCGCACGUCUGAAAUCCGGGAACCAUCACCAGCCAUGAGCCCGCACCCAAUGGCCGGCUCCACCAAGGUGCUGGCCGCCGUCCUGCUCGUCGACCUCGUCGCCUUCGGCCUCGCCAUCGGCGCCGUGCAGAGCCACCCCUCGGCGAGGCUGGAGACGGACGCGCGGCAGGAGUGGACCUACUGCGUGUACCGCACCGACGCCGCCACGGCGCUGGGUGGCGCCGCGCUCGCGCUGCUGCUCGUGGGGCAGGCGGUGUCCGCCAUCGCCAGCCGCUGCUUCUGCUGCGGGUCCGCCGCGCUGCGGCCCGGCGGCGCCCGGGCCUGCGCGCUCGUCCUCUUCCUCUCCUCCUGGGUGACAUUUGUCAUCGCUGAGGCGUGCUUGCUGGCUGGUCUGUUGCAAUCCGCCUACCACACUGGCUACCGGAAGGUCUUUUUCCAGAACCCGCCGGACUGCGAGACCGUGCGGAGGGGCACGUUCGGAGCCGGCGCCGCGUUUGCCCUUUUCACCGGCGUGCUCACCUCGGCCUACUACUACAGCUUCUCCAAGUCGCGGAUCCACUACCACCGCCCGGAAGCCGCCAUCGGCAUGACCCCGCUGUAACAGAUUUGCCGUCUCUCUGCAGUAACAGUUUUGAUAGCAACUAUAUAUACAUGUAUUAGCUUUUGCAUAUAUUGUGCUCGGCUGGUACCUCGAGUUGAACUCAUUACUCAUGUACAAGGAUGGCUGCUGGUGCUGGACCAGGGCCAGCCUGUCCUUACUGAAUGGGAAUUUCCGGUGCCUGCUGCUAUGUCUCCUUUUCCUAGUCUUUUUACUAGACGUGUAGAUUUGUAUACGCACAUGGAAAAUAUUGUUGAAAUGUAUCAUCAUAGACAAGAAUAUGGUAGCUUAGAGUGUU